AUGACCAGCUUCGUCUCCUCCGGCUCAAAAAGCUCCCAGGGCUCCCAGAACCUGAGCGAUACCGCAUCCACACAUUCCACCGUCUCCACCGCAACAACGCUCAAGGGCGCCGACUCCCCCAAGCAAAAGAAGAAGUUCUUCUCCUUCUCCAAGGCUGAACCGCAGUCCACCAAGGGGUCAUACCAAGCCAAACAGGCCAUGCACAAUGAAGCCAUCGCUAGCUACUUCUCCAUGCGCUAG